AUGUCAUCUGUCUUCCGUGCUAGCACGCGGCUGCGCUCUGCAGCCCGUCUUCCGGCUGCUCGUGCCCUCUCUACCACCGCUGGCCUGCGUGCCGCGGAGAAGCCUUACUUCCCCAAUGAGCCCUCAGCCCCUACCGUCUCGGGGACUAUCCCCGGGCCCAAGAACCAGGCCGCUGCCGCUGAGCUUGAUGAGGUGUUCGAUGUCCGCAGCUUGAACAUGCUGACUGACUACUCUCAAUCCGUUGGAAACUACAUUGCUGAUCUUGAUGGCAACAAGCUCUUGGAUGUGUAUGCGCAGAUUGCUUCUAUUCCCGUUGGUUACAACAACCCCCACCUUAAGAAGGUUGCCGCCUCGUCCGAGAUGGAGUCCGCCUUGAUCAACCGUCCGGCCCUGGGCAACUUCCCCUCAGCCGAUUGGGCUCACAUUCUCAAGACUGGUGCUCUCCGUGCUGCCCCCAAGGGAUUGGACCAGGUCUUCACUGCCAUGGCUGGCUCUGAUGCCAACGAGACUGCCUACAAGGCCGCCUUUAUGUACUACCGCCAGCUGCAGCGUGGUGGCCCCGAGGUUGAGUUCACCGAGGAGGAGCUGCUAUCCACCAUGAACAACGCCGGGCCUGGUUCCCCCCAGCUGUCGAUUCUCUCUUUCAAGUCUGCCUUCCACGGCCGUCUGUUUGGCUCCCUGUCUACUACCCGCAGCAAGGCUAUCCACAAGCUGGAUAUCCCCGCCUUUGACUGGCCCCAGGCUCCCUUCCCCCAGCUCAAGUACCCCCUCGAGGACAACGUCCAGGAGAACGCUGCCGAGGAGAAGCGCUGCCUUGCUGAGGUUGAGCGUCUUAUCAAGGAAUUCCACAACCCCGUUGCUGCCGUGAUGGUCGAGCCCAUUCAGUCCGAGGGUGGUGACAACCACGCCUCGCCUGCCUUUUUCCAGGGCCUGCGUGACAUCACCAAGCGCACCAACGUCCUCUUCAUUGUCGAUGAAGUGCAGACCGGUGUCGGUGCUACCGGAAAGUUCUGGGCCCACGACCACUGGAACUUGUCUUCGCCCCCUGACAUGGUCACAUUCUCCAAGAAGGCCCAGACUGCCGGUUACUACUUCGGUAACCCUGCUCUGCGCCCCAACAAGCCCUACCGCCAGUUUAACACCUGGAUGGGUGACCCAGCUCGCGCUUUGAUCUUCCGCGGCAUCAUCGAUGAGGUUGAGCGUCUUGGCCUUGUCGAAAACACCCGCACCACCGGUGACUACCUCUACAGUGGUCUUGACCGCCUCGCUGAGAAGUACCCCGAGCACUUCCAGAACCUCCGUGGUAAGAACCAGGGUACCUUCAUUGCCUGGGACACCCCCAAGCGUGACCAGUUUGUCGCCAAGGCCAAGUCCUUCGGUGUCAACAUUGGUGGCAGUGGCGCCACUGCUGUUCGUCUCCGUCCCAUGCUUGUCUUCCAGAAGCACCACGCCGACAUUCUGCUCGAGAAGAUCGAGCAGAUCAUCCAGACCCUCUAA